AAAGUUUUUAUCACUCUUAUUUUUUUUUUUUGGGGGGGUCGCAUCUUAUCAGUCGACAAUGUCUCGCACUGAAGAAGACAGACUUUUUUUUUUACGGGAACGUAACCCGUGACAGGGCGUAGCGGAGGGGACGGACAUGGCCGUGGAAAACCGCUCGUUGUCGUCGAAAUGGCGAGCCGUGGGGUCUGGGGUCUGUUUUUUUACCCGAGCUGAAUGGACUUUUUUCCUCCUUGGAAGCUGCGGGUUAAGCUAAGUUAAGCUAAGCUAAGCUAACUGGCUCCAGCGAAGAUACACCGAGGGGACUCUUUGACAUGUAGACGGCCUUAAUCGAUCACCAUGUCUGACCAAAACCAUUACUGGACGGUGCUGCCGAGCUACAAGAGUAGUUUUGUCACCGGGGCCAUGAUGAAAAGAUCCAGAGGUGCCCGCAACAACAAGAGGAGGAGUUUGGCGGUCGGGACCCCUUCGCCCACGCUCUCACGACCGCUUUCGCCUCUCCCACUUGCCACAGCUGGCAGCAGCCCUUCAGAAAGCCCCAGAAAUGUCUCUGCCAGCAGCUCUGCCAACUUCCAGUUCGCUCGCAGCCAUCUGGCCCGCACUGAGAGAGGCGAUGGCCGAAGAUGGUCUGUGGCGUCCGUACCCUCCUCUGGAUACUGCACCAAUGCACCCAGUUCAUCAGUAUCCUCGUCUUCUUCCCAGGAGCUCUUGCACCAGUUGCCCCUCCAGCCUACACAAGAUGAUCUCCACUUCCUCUUCAAACAUUUCCGGAGCACAGAAAGCGUGGCUGAUGACGAAGGAACUCAUCCCUCACCCCCCGUCAGGCUCCGCUCGCGUAGUCUCAGCCCUGGACGGACUUGUGGAACAUUUGACAAUGAGAUUGUCAUGAUGAAUCAUGUCUAUAAAGAACGUUUUCCCAAGGCAACGGCGCAGAUGGAGGGUCGACUUCUGGACAUCAUUGAGGAGUGUUCCCCAGGAACCGCCCUGCCCCUGGCUGACGGCGUCCUCGGCUUCAUCCAGCACCAGCUGCUGGAGCUGGCCCGAGACUGUCUGGAUAAGUCCCAGGAAGGCUUGGUCACCUCCAGGUACUUUGUGGAGCUGCAGGAGAAACUGGAGAAGCUUCUGCAUGAGGCGUACGAGCGCUCGGAGAGCGAAGAAGUGACCAUCAUCACAAAACUGGUGAAAAAGAUCCUCAUCAUUAUCUCCAGGCCUGCCAGGCUGCUGGAAUGUCUGGAGUUUGAUCCAGAGGAGUUCUACCAGCGUUUGGAGGCUGCAGAAGGUCAAGCUAAAGGUGGCCAGGGGAUCAAGACUGAUAUUCCUCGAUACAUCAUCAGCCAGCUCGGCCUCAACAGGGAUCCUCUGGAAGAGAUGGUCCAACUGGAGCAAACAAGCCCGAGUCACAGGUCAGCCAGCAGAGAGUCUGAUGAGUCUGGAGAGACAACACCAAUACAGAGCCGUGCACUAUGCACUCCCCCGCGUAGGAAACCACUGGAGAGUGACUUUGAGACCAUCAAGCUCAUUAGCAACGGUGCCUAUGGAGCUGUAUUUCUAGUCCGUCACAAAGAAACCCGACAACGCUUCGCCAUGAAGAAGAUCAACCGGCAGAAUCUGAUGUUAAGAAACCAGAUCCAGCAGGUGUUCGUGGAGCGAGACAUCCUCACCUUUGCUGAAAACCCCUUCGUGGUUUCCAUGUUUUGCUCGUUCGAAACACGGCGGCACCUCUGCAUGGUCAUGGAGUAUGUAGAAGGUGGGGAUUGUGCCAAUCUGUUGAAGAACAUUGGUCCUCUGCCCGUCGACAUGGCCCGCAUGUAUUUUGCAGAGACCGUCCUGGCUUUAGAGUACCUUCACAACUAUGGCAUUGUCCACAGAGACCUCAAACCUGACAAUUUGCUCAUCACCUCGAUGGGACACAUAAAGCUUACAGACUUCGGUUUGUCAAAGAUUGGCCUCAUGAACAUGACGACUAAUUUGUAUGAAGGCCACAUUGAGAAGGAUACAAGAGAGUUCAUUGACAAGCAGGUGUGCGGUACUCCAGAGUACAUUGCCCCUGAGGUGAUCCUGCGACAGGGCUAUGGGAAGCCUGUGGACUGGUGGGCCAUGGGCAUCAUUCUCUAUGAGUUCCUUGUCGGCUGCGUGCCUUUUUUUGGGGACACACCCGAGCAGCUCUUUGGUCAAGUGGUCAACGAUGACAUCAUCUGGCCCGAUGGAGAGGACGCUCUGCCUGCUGACGCCCAAGACCUUAUCACCAGACUACUUCGUCAGAGCCCGCUGGAUCGCCUAGGAACAGGUGGAACUACUGAGGUGAAGAUGCAUAUGUUCUUCCUGGGUCUUGACUGGAAUGGGCUGCUGAGGCAGAAAGCUGAGUUCAUACCACAACUCGAGACUGAGGAUGACACCAGUUAUUUUGACACCCGAUCGGAGCGUUACGCUCAUCUCGGCUCUGAUGACGAUGAUGAAACCAACGACGAUGAAUCCUCUCUUGAACUGCGACAGUUCUCCUCGGUGGCACAUCGCUUCAGCAAGGUGUACAGCAGCACAGAGCACCUGUCCACCUCCACGCCGUCCAACCAAAGCUUGUCGUCCUCCGAGAGAAGCCACAGCGAGGAGAAGGAUGAGCGAUGGGAGAGCAGAGGAGUCUUUUCCCCCAGUGACGGACACAAACAUCUGGCGAGUGGGGACAGAACAGAUGGACUCAGGGGGAGUUUGCGACCUCGUGCUUCGUCCAGUUCCUCCCAGUCUGAGCGCAGUGCUAGCCCACUGGUCCUGAACAGCACCCAGAGUCUGGACAUCAUGCCUCGCUUUGCUAUCUCUGCCGAAGAGGAAGAAGGUAUGGUCUCCAACCUGCGGCGCAUUCGUCUCCGUAGCAACAGCACUGGCACGCGACCGUCGUUCCGCAGAGGCGCUUCCAGACGGAUCGCCCACCAAUUGGAGACACCGGAAAAAGCCAGACCUCCUGCUGGAAAAGUCCCUAAAUCCGCAUCAGUGUCCGGUCUCUCUCUCAUUAUUACCCCAGAUGACUCAGCGGGCCCUCCUUCCAGCCCCAAGUCUUCUCUAUCGCUGUCGUCCAACCCCUCGUCCAGAGACUCCUCUCCCAGCCGGGAUCUUUCCAUCAACAUCAGCUGCCUAAGGCCUCCAGUAGUCAUCCACAGCUCUGGGAAGAGGUUUGGCUUCGCUUUGCGAGCAAUCAGAGUCUACAUGGGAGACAGCGACGUCUACACAGUUCACCACAUGGUCUGGUGUGUGGAGGAGGGCAGCCCGGCACAUGAGGCAGGCUUGAGAGCCGGUGACCUCAUCACUCACGUCAACGGGGAGUCUGUGCAGGGACUUGUCCACACUGAAGUGGUGGAGCUUCUGCUUAAGAGUGGCAACCGGGUGACCCUGCAGACGACUGCUUUGGAGAACACUUCCAUCAAGGUGGGUCCUGCCCGGAAGACGAGCUACAAGGCUAAGAUGGCCCGGCGUAGCAAGAAGAGCAAGAGGAGAGACGGCCAGGACAGCCGGCGCCGUAGCAUCUUGAAGAAGCUUUCUAAACACACGCCUCCUCCGCCCAUGCAAAGUAGUCGCAGCUUCUCGUCCGGGUUCCACCAGUCAUCCAGUGACAGCCUCUCUGGCUCCCCCACACAGUCCAUCUCUCCUGGCCCCUCCACGCCCUGCCGCUCCCCCGCUCCUGACCACUCUGGAGAUUCCAGUUCCUCUCCCUGCUCCAGCUCCCCCAACUCACCAGUCCCCCAGGCCCGUCCCAGCUCCCUUCACGUCCUGGGCCGCUACACCAAGGCGGGUCGCUGCAAGUCCACCAGCAGCAUCCCUCCGUCGCCGCUGGCCUGCAUCCCGCCUCCUCAGCCUCUGUCUCCUCAGUGCUCGCCCUCCUGCCUCCCCAGCCACCCCAGGUCCCUGCAGGGCUUUCACGGUAAGACACUGUCCCCUCCCACUAUUGCCCGCCACUCCGUGCGUCCCCGCAGUGCCGAGCCGCCGCGCUCGCCGCUCCUCAAGAGGGUGCAGUCGGCGGAGAGGCUGACCGGCGAUAAAGCGACGGGCGGCUACCACGGCGACAGGAAGGCCUACAGCACCCGCCGCCAUACCCUGGAGGUGCCUCUGUCCGAGGGCGAAGACGUGGAAGAGGACAGCGCCACGGGGUUCGUAUGUGUUGGUGAACACGGCCGCCAGGGACUGUGCGUCGGGGGGCCAAGAGGCCACCCGGACCUGAUGGGCGGAGCCUCUUCUUCCUCCCCACAACACCGCGGCAACCAUCACUCCAAAGAGGUGGUCGUCAUGAGGAAGCUGGCUCUGUCGGAGCGCCGGGACUCCUUUAAGAAACAGGAGGCCGUGCAAGAAGUGAGCUUUGACGAUUUGGACGAGAGGGAGGCCACGCCCGGCCCCAAGCUUCCUGUCACUCAAUCGAAGGCGUUCAAGGCGUCCUGGCUCGACUCCGGUCCCAAGCUGGAAGGGAAAGCAUCGCCGGAUACGGCAGCACCGCAGAAGGCCAAGUCCAAAGAUAAAGAGAGGAUCUAGUCGGGUAGUCACUUAGCAGCAGAGGAACUGCACUUUUUUAGAAUUUUGCCCAUCUUUCACAAUCAUUAUGUAAGACAAGAACACAUUUUUAUUAGGGCCCGCAUGGCCCAUUGCAUAAGGACUCCCACAGGGAGUCCUUAUGCAAUGGGACAUAAGGACCUAUUGAAUUUGUAAGGUUUUAUUCUUUAUUAUUAUUAUUCUUCCGCAACUUUGCGCUGUAAUUUGACCCCCUUAACAUACUUCAAAACUCACCAAAUUUUACACACACAUCAGUAAUAAACGGCAAAACUUUUUAUCAAAAAACCAAACCCCAAAACUCAAAAUUGCGCUCUAGCGCCCCCUAGGAAAAAGAAAACUAGACUGCCUGUAACUCCCACUAGGAAGGUCGGAGAGACAUGAAACAAAAACCUUUAUGUAGGUCUGACUUAGACCUAGAUUUCAUAAUAGUAUAUUCUCGGGCAAAAAUCAACAGGAAGUUGGCAAUUCCCCCUUCAAGACAAAAAAGUACUAAAAACAGUCAAUUUUGUCUCUUUGAGCUGUAUUUUCACCCUCUUAACAUGCUCCAAAACUCACCAAACUGAACACACACAUCAGGACUGGCAAAAAAUUGCGAUCUAACAAAAAAACCUAACCCCAAAUCUCAAAAUUGCGCUCUAGCGCAAUUUUUUAAUAAAACGGCGACAAAACUGCAACUCGGAAGAAAAAAAUGACAAAACUGCCUGUAACUCCCACUGGGAAGGUCGGAGAGACAUGAAACAAAAACCUCUCUGUAGGUCUCACUUAGACCUACAUUUCAUAGAUUGACAACCCUCAGCAAAAAUCAACAGGAAGUUUGCAAUUUCCCCUUCAAAACAAAAUUUUUUUAUGAACCGGUCACUUCUCUUCAAACAUUAUCUCCUCUGAGCGCGUUUGUCGUUUCAGCUUCAAACUAACACAGGAGAGAGAUUGAACCCUUCCAAAUAAAAGUUAUCGCAAGAAUCUUUCUAACUGCUCCGGUUUUGAUUUUAUGAGCCUUCAAAGAACCGCUGCGCUGAUGCUGCUGCGCUGAUGCUGCUGCGCUGCUGUUUUCUCAAGAUGGCUGCUUAAAAGCAGGAAGCACCAGCGUGCCCACACAAUGCAGACAAGGUAGGUACACUAGACAAAAGUAUUGGGACAAUUCGGACUAAAAGUAGACAAAAGUAUUGGGACACUUAGGACUACCACUGGACAAAAGUAUUGGGACACUUACUACUACCACUGAACAAAAGCAUUGGGCAACUGGACAAAAGUAUUGGGACACUUACACUGGACAAAAGUAUUGGGACACUUGGGACUCAAACUUGACAAAAGUAUUGGUACACUUAGGACUAGCACCUGCCAAAUACGCGGGCCCGACCAACGCUGCUUGCAGCUUUAAUUUUUAAUGUAUUUUAACUCCAAAUGUGAUCAAAAGUCCGCUUACAAUGAAGCCAAUGUUAGUCGCUCUAUUCUGUCUAUAGAGUCCUUAAAAAAACACCCAACACCUCCAUUAAGGUUUUAUAUACAUGAUGUAAGUAUAUAUGUCAUGUAA